AUGUCUUUCCUAGUGUUGCUCCUCCUUGGAGUGGUGACUCUCACCACCCCCACUACCUUGGCCGAUUACCAUAAGCCUCCCUACUAUGCAAAGCCACCAACACCUUUGCACAAGCCUCCUCCAGUAGAGAAGCCACCCACUCCAGUUUAUAGUCCACCGGAGAAAGAGAAGCCACCACCAACUCCUGUGUACUCACCGCCCAAGGGGGAGAAACCACCACCACCAAAGUACAAGCCACCGACUCCUUUGUACUCACCACCCAAGGGAGAAAAACCACCACCAAGUCCUGUGUACACACCACCCAAGGGGGAGAAACCACCACCAACUCCUGUUUACACUCCGCCCAAGUUGGAGAAACCACCACCACCCAAGGGGGAGAAACCACCACCACCUAAGGCAGGUCCUCCAUAUGGUCACCCUCCAUACUACAAGCCUCCACCCUCUGGCCACCCCAACUAA